CUCGAUGCUAACCUCUUAUACCAGUCAGAAACGUUUAUAGUGAACAUGAAGUGUUUUAUGAUUUUGUUUUAUAAACGAACAGCUAUUAAUCCGUCCGUAUAAAAUCCAAUGAAUUGAUUGAUUUUUAGUUUUUAGGGUUGUUUAUUUCGAAUUAGCUAGUCAGCUGAACGGCAAGUGAGUCAUGAUUUCGGCAGAGUUACAAAUUGCGUUAAGCAACCUACGUAGACUCAGUGUUGCGUAAUGACGUUUGCACCCUAUCUAGUGGACUUUAAGUCGGUGAAGGAGUUAUUUGGAAUGCAGCCUUGCCCAUAAAGUACAUGUGUUAUUAUGACUCUGUUGUGACUCUGUGGUGAAAAAUGGCUUUGCUGCAGAUUUUAUUAUCGCUCAGGCCUCACUCGAGCCGAUUAUUACGGCCUCUUACCGCGUGCAAACACUUCGACACGACAAAAGCGGACGACUAUGAAGCCAAACCGGACUCGAGCGAUGAUAAAACCGACCCACCCGUGACCGGUUACGAGAACACGUCUCUGCUGGAGAACCUGAGCGUGCUGGGCGUGGACGUACAGAUGGCGCAGCGACGUCAGCCUGGAGUCUUCCGUAAGAUCCAGACCAACGAGCGCGGGCUGGUGGACUUCCUGGGCAGGAAAGGCGCCAGCCGGGACGUCAUAGCCAGCAUCAUCUCCCGUUUCCCGCGCGCCAUAACACGGACCGAGGAGCACCUGGAGGAACGCUGGCGUCUGUGGCGCAGCAUCUUCAACAGCGACACCGAGGUGGUUCAGAUUUUGCACCGCUCCCCGGAGUCGUUCUUUCGCUCCAGCGAUAAUGAAAAUCUGGAGAAGAACAUCCGCUACAUGAGCUCGCUGGGGAUCACGCCCAAGGCGCUGCAUCGCCUCCUGACGAUGGCGCCCAGGAUCUUCUCCAAUACCCUGGAGCUGAACCAGAUGAUGGUGGAACUUCUGGAGAACGUGUGCACCAGCCUGGGCGGAGAAGACGGCGAAAACUUCGCCCGCACCAUCAUCUCCAGGAACGUUUACAUCCUGAUCCGGAGCACGAAGCGAGUGAGGUCCAACAUCGAGUUCCUCCUGAGCGCCUUGGAGCUCGGUGACGACGAAGCCCUGGCUCUCAUGCAGACUCACGGAGCCAAAAUCCUGGACCUGUCGCACGAGAGCCUGAAGACCAACUUCCGGAACCUGCAGCAGAAGAUGAGCUCGCUGGGCCGCGGCCAGGCCGACGCGAAGACCAUGGUUCUGAACUACGCCCUGGUGCUCUUCGUCUCGUCCGAAACGCUGAAUCAGAAGCUGGACUGUCUGAUCGAAGGCGGCAUCGACGUGAGGCGCGUCGUAGAGAAACCCAGAGUGCUGGACUACAGCGUCGCCACGUUGAAACAGAGACUCCAGGACCUGCACCAGCUCGGUUACGACUUCGAGCUGAACGGAAUCGCCGUUUUGGACCUGAGUAACAAACGAUUCCAAGCCAAACUGGAGAAACUGCGAGAGCUUGGAGUCUUAAAGACUGGCAACCAAGAACUUUAUUAAAUACGAACGAGCUAUCGAUGCCUCUGAGACGAACCUUGGUGGAAGGUUGCAAAGAGUCACGGUGGUCCCAGGUUUUCAUUCCAUCUAUAAUUAAGCCGUGUCUGAUUCCACAUGAUUAAAGGCCCUUAACCCUCUGGACUCCAGGGGCGCCAAACAAGCUGGGAUAUGUAAAAGAAAAUAAUUUAAUCGUACUGUACACCAGUAUAUGUAUAUAUGACCAAUAAAGACAAUGUUCUAACUA